AUGGCCAGAGCUGGUGGGAACCUGGGGGUCUGGGGAAGCUUGGUGCUACUGGGUCUGUACAGCUGCGCUGUGCCCCGGGCAGCGGCUCUGAAUGGAGUGAGUAACCUGAAGGCAGAGGCCCAGACAAACAGUUCCAUCACCCUGAGGUGGGAAGCCCCAAACGAUACUGAUCCUGAAAACCUGAUCUACUGGGUUCAGUGCCUUGGAGAUAAUAUAUAUAAAACUGAAAACACCACAUUAACAGUAGAUGGACUUGCUCCGGCUUCCUCAUACAAAUUUGUUGUGUGGGUAGAAAAAAAUGAAACCAAUAGCACCAUGGAGACCAUCACCACCUCCACAGCUCCAAACCCGGUACGAAACCUGAGUGUGGAAAGUCAGACCAACGGCUCCAUCACCCUGAGGUGGGAGGCCCCAAACGUAACUGACCCUGAAAACCUGAUCUACUGGAUUCAGUGGCAUGAAGAUGAUACCAUAUAUAAAAUUGAAAACACCACAGACACCACAUUAACGGUAGAUGGACUUGCUGCGGCUUUCUCAUAUGAAUUUUCUGUUCACAAGUCACACAGGUUUCAUAGAUUGAAGAAAUUUGGGGAGAAAUCAUUCUCCCUUCUGCCCUUAUUUUCUGUUUCAAACCCAGUGGGAAACCUUUGGGUCGAAGAUCAGAUUAACAGCUCCAUCACCCUGAUUUGGGAUGUCCCUGAGUGCUCCUUUUCCCAGGACCUCACCUACUGAGCCCAGAGCAUGUGGUAUGGUGGUGAAAGUGAGACUCCAGACACAACAGCCACCAAUGUCACCAUGGAUGCACCGGAUCCUGGCUCUUUCUAUAAAUGUUCCUUCUGGGUGGGAAGAGAUGGAGUCACAGCUCCUGGUGAAUCAGUAACUGCAGAGACAGCUCCAAACCCAGUAAGAAACCUGAGUGUGGAAACUCAGACCAACAACUCCAUCACCCUGAGCUGGGACAAACCAGAUGGUCGUAAUGACACAGUUAACCUGACCUACUGGGUCCAGUGGCCUGAAGAUGAUGACAACUAUAAAAAUAAAAGCACAACAAACACCAGUGUCGUGGUGGAUAACCUUGCUCCUGGUUCUACAUAUGAAUUUUCCGUGUGGGUUGAAUAUGAUGGAAUCAGAAGCACCACGGUGACCAUCAAUGCCUCUACAGUCCCAGCUGCUGUCAGCGAACCCUCCUGUGUCAGCACCUCUGGGGGCUACGGGGUCAUUCUUACCUGGCCCUGCCCACCUGGGGGUUAUGAUACCUUUGAGGUGGAAGUGGGCGGACAACGGAGAAACCAGUCUUCCUGUGAGACAGGCAUGUCUGUGUCAGAUCUUGGGCCAGCUCAGUCUUACAUGGCCACUAUCACAACUGUCUCGCAUGGACUGAGGGCCUUACCCUUCUCAGUGACCUGCCACACAGAGAACACGUGGGUCAUUGUGGGAGCCAUCGUGGGCAUCCUCUUGCUUUUCAUCCUUGUGGGCCUCCUGAUUUUCUUCCUGAAGAGGAGAAGAAAGAGGAGCCAGCAGAAGAAAACGCCCAAGGAUCUGGUGUUCAGCGUCCCAGGGGAUAUCCUAGCCAAAGACUUUGCUGACCACGUCAGGGUGAAGGAGAAGGACAGCAACUAUGGAUUUGCUGAGGAGUAUCAGGUGGGUGAGAGCAGAGGCAUCACAGCUGAUGACUGGUCUCGGGUGCCCCUGAAGCCCCUUCAUGAGGAACCAGGCUCUGACUAUAUCAACGCCAACUUCAUGCCUGGUCUCUGGAGCUCCAAGGAAUUUAUUGCAACCCAGGGUCCCCUGCCUCACACUGUGGGCGAUUUCUGGCGUCUGGUGUGGGAACAGAAGAGCCACACUCUGGUUAUGCUGACCAACUGCAUGGAGUCUGGACGGGUGAAGUGCGAGCAUUACUGGCCUCUGGAUGCGCAGCCCUGCACGCAUGGGCAGUUGCAAGUGACGUUGAUGAGUGAGGAGGUGAAGGAGAACUGGACAGUGAGGGAUCUUCAGCUCUUCCAUGUGGGAGAACAACAGACUCACUCUGUGCGCCAAUUCCACUUCUUGGCCUGGCCAGAUCAUGGAGUUCCUUACUCCCCAGACCCUUUGCUGGAUUUCCAAAAGGUGCUGCGGGAGUGGGUGGACCAGAGCAUGGAUGGGGGUCCUCCCAUUGUACAUUGCAGUGCUGGCGUGGGCCGGACGGGCACCCUCAUUGCAUUGGACGUCCUACUCCGACAGCUGGAGUGUGAGGGGCUGGUGGGUCCCUUCAGCUUCGUGAAGAAGAUGAGAGAGAGCCGGCCAUUGAUGGUGCAGACAGAGGCCCAGUACAUAUUCCUCCACCAAUGUAUCUUGAGGUUCCUCCAGAAGUCAGCCCCCUCCCUCAUCCUAAAGGAGUCGAUCUAUGAGAAUGUGCCAAACUUCAUUUAUGAGAAUGUAGCUGCCAUCAGACCCCAUGAGUCUGAGGUCUCAGCUACUGGGUGCUGAGCCUACACACAGAAAUAAUCAGGCUGGAU